AUGCACAACGCGGGCCCGACUCGGCCCCUCCCACCAGACUACAGCCAUUUGGCAGAUAUUUUUGAGACAAGACAGAUGCAUUCCCCGCCAUCGUCCCGCGAAUCAACACCAGAGCUGACGCCCGAGCAAGAACGGGCUCGGCGUCGUGCGAUUGUUCAGCCUGCGUUCUUUUAUCCCAACUCUGGCUGCGAUGACCCUUCCCUCGACACACACCAGCCACUGAGCGACGAGGAACUGGCGAAACUGGAUGACGAAGCAUUUGCUGAUGCACUGCUCGACCCCGCCGAAGAUCCUCGGGCGUCGCGAGGCAUCCCGGUCUUUCGUCCCACGCUUCACGAGUUUUCCGAUUUCGAGCGAUACAUGGAGAGCAUUGAGCCCUGGGGCAGACGCAGUGGUAUAGUCAAGGUUAUUCCUCCCAAGGAAUGGCAAGUACAUCAUCCGCGAGACGGCCUCUCCUCCACAACCGAACGUCUCUCAGCAGUCAAAUUAAAGAACCCAAUCGAACAACAUUUUAUCGGCAGGACUGGUCUCUAUCGCCAGCAAAACGAGGAGCGCCGCCACACAUACUCGGUCCGCGAUUGGGCGAGCGCCUGUCUCCGAGAUGGCCUUCGAGCACCCGCCCCCCGUGACAUUGUACAACAAGAACUCAACACUCGUCGGAGUAAGAGAGCUCGCAAGGGAGAAGACUCCGUAGAAGAUGAGCAAGAACGCGCUGCCCUUGUCGAUGCAUUACGCACCAUCGACGAGCGCAAGCCGACUCCUUCCCGAACUCGUUCCGCUACAAUUCAUGCUCCCGAACCCGAUUUUUACAAAACAUUAGAUCCCUUUACCGAAUGGCUUCCUGACAAUACCGUUCCGGAAGACUAUACUCCCGCCGUCUGCCGUGCACUCGAGCGCCACUUUUGGAGGAACUGUGGUCUCGGAAAAGACCCGAUGUAUGGAGCUGACAUGCAAGGCACCCUCUUCGACCCCGAAAUGAAUACAUGGAAUGUUGCUCAUUUACCCAAUCUCUUGGAGAGGGUAAUGCCACAUGGGGAGAAGAUCCCAGGGGUCAACACCCCUUAUUUAUACUUCGGGAUGUGGAGAGCCACAUUUGCUUGGCACGUUGAAGACAUGGAUUUAUAUUCCAUCAACUACAUACACUGGGGCGCUCCCAAAUACUGGUAUGCUAUUCCUAGCCAGCGCGCCGAUAUAUUCGAAGCUACGAUGCGAAAACAUUUUUCGGCCGAGGCAGCAGAGUGCUCGCAGUUUAUGCGACAUAAAUCGUUCCUGGCCUCGCCUGCUAUACUCGCAGAAGCGGACUGCCGGCCAAAUACUUUGGUACAGCACCAAGGCGAAUUUGUGAUUACUUAUCCUCGAGGAUACCACGCCGGGUUCAAUGUCGGCUUCAACUGCGCUGAGUCUGUCAACUUCGCUCUCGAAAGCUGGAUUCAACUCGGGAGGCGGGCGCAGUACUGUAAAUGUGUAGGAGAUAGUGUUCGGUUCGACGUCGACGCCCUUAUUUCUGAAUACGAGGCUCGGAAAAAUCCCAUUCCCCUCCCACCAUUCAACUACAAUCCCUCCCUGAAACGAAAAUCUCACCCUGCCGAUGAUCCCUUCCCCAAACGAAUUCGUAUUCGCGAACCAGAUCCACCUUUCGCGACCGCUGCACAACUCGAACAGCUACCCACGAUUAAGAUCAAAAUACGGCCUCCCGCAACGCUCGCCAACAGUAGUCGUUCACCUUAUCGUGCCCGAACACAGCCCGUUAGUACGAAUGUGCCCAAGCUUGUGGCUCCAUCUAUACCCCCCUCAGAGAGGAAUAAUCGCUCGCUCCCGCCCCCGUCACCUACUCGUCGCACCACAUCACCCUCAAGGUCCUCGACUAGUUCUCUCCCCAAACUGAGGUUACCCGCGCAAACAAGUUUCCCGUGUUAUUUGUGUGCGUCAGAGGACAUCGAAGGGCUAUUACCUGUCCACGAAUCUUCCAGAGAGGGUGCGAGUCCAACUCGGCGGGGCAUGAAUGCGGGUCAAAAGGCGGAGGAUUUGAGGAUUCAUCAGGCGUGUGCAGAGGCAGUCCCCGAAACUUGGAUUGGAUCUAUCGAAGGGCAGAAGUAUGUUUGCGGGGUGGAGAAUAUUGUCAAGGAUAGGUGGACGCUCAAAUGUAGUUUGUGUACCAAGGUUUCAUCCAAGCUACAUGGCGCCAAAAUUCAGUGCGGCAAGGGUCGUUGCUCGAAGGCCUUUCACGUUAGCUGUGCCAGGGACAGUCCGGACGUCGAGUAUACGAUCGAGUCUGCAGAUGAGACGAAGCAACCCGGUGAGGGGCUCGAGUUAAAGGAGCCGGCAGUGACUGUGCUGUGUCCCCAGCAUAACCCACUGUUGGUCGAAGCCCGCAAAGCCGACAAACAGCAGAAGCUCGAUGCUGAUAUCGGUUCGCUAAAGCAAUGGGCGCGCAUCAAGGUACGAGGGUCGGGUGGGGUAUUUGCUGUAACACUCGUGAACGUGUACGAAGACCGAAGAACGGUGGAAGUCAUGUGGGAUCAAGGGUCAACAAAAGAGUUCAAGUAUACGAGCGUAGUAUGGACUGAUGAUGGGGAGGUGCAGGAGAAGCCGGGCAAGGUGGAAGGAGAAACGCUAGGGAGCGAUCUCACCGGUUCGUAUCCUAGUCCCCCGCCGACUCAACGGGAUACCAAUAGUCCGAAUGCGGCUCCGUCAGCGCUCAAGCCCUCCCCCUCCGCCGACCAAUCCGCCAAGUCCGCGCGCAGUACACCCAAUCCCACCAGUUCACAAUCGACUCGAUAUUCUUUCCAGCCAUACCAGUUCUACCCAUAUCCUCCGCCAUACCCCCUCGGUCCGUCCCCGCCGCCAUCUCAAUCGUAUCAACCUCCGCAGCCUCACCCAGGCUUCACCGUUCCUCUCCCCGUCCCGAUGCAAUACCCAUAUCCCUACCCACCCUACGGUACGCAGCAUGGUUAUCAUCCACACCCACACUUCUUUGCUGCUCAUGGGUAUCAAUAUGCGCCAAUGCCGACGUACCAUCCCCCCGCAUCUCUCCACUCGGUCAAUCGCCCGCACUCCACCGGGGCUUCGGUAACUGGCUCGCCUGCCCCCGAUUCCGUAACGUUGGCCAAGGAGUCUUCUAUUAACAGCACGAGUGCCGAAGCUCCAAGGCCGCCCAUCCAGUCAUAUGUCGGGGUUCGACCGGCCAGUUCACAAGACAUCUUGAACAGCGCUCGCCAAGGCCGUGCGACCACUGGAGCUUGA